AUGGCGCACGCCAUUUCAGCCACGCAGCAGCUUGCUGCUCCUUCGGCUGCGUGUUUCGCCACCGCAUCCUACGCGUCUUCACGAGGUCAAAUUCUCGGUGUCCCACUCUCGCGCCCAUGGAAGAAGCUCCAGUCCGUCGCCGCGGAGUCGCCUGCGACCGUCACGGUCAGUCGCAGGAGCGUCGUGUGCACCAUCGCACAGCAAGCCAGCGCGGCUUCCGAUGCCGACGUGCCAUCGAGCGGCGUGCAGAAAGGAUGGUCGUACUCGGCUUACGGGUCGCGUGAUAACAUCACGUUUGGGGACGUUUCUGUGCCCGAGCUCAAGCCCAACCAGGUAUUGGUUCGCGUAGCUGCAGGAGCUCUGAACCCUGUCGACUUCAAGAGGCGAGAGGGCAAGUUCCCUGCCAAGGACUCUCCUUUCCCGACUGUUCCCGGGUACGACGUGGCGGGCACGGUGGUGCGCGUUGGCAGCGACGUCAAGUCGCUCAAGCCCGGCGACGAGGUGUACGGCGACAUCAACGAGGCCGCGCUCGAAAAUCUGAAGCAGGUGGGGUCUCUAGCGCAGUUCACUGCAGUAGAGGAGCAUCUCUUGGCUCUCAAGCCCGCCAAUCUCUCCUUCCUCGAGGCUGCGGGUAUCCCCCUUGCGGCACUCACGGCGACAGAGGCGCUUGAACGUGCGGGAUUAAAGAAGGGACAGUCAGUGCUGAUUCUAAACGGUGCCGGUGGCGUCGGCACUUUUGCCAUCCAGAUCGCGAAGCAAGUGUUCGGAGCAGGCUUCGUGGGCACCACUGCCAGCCUUCCCAAGACGGGUCUUCUGGAAGGUCUAGGAGCGGAUUUGGUUUUGGACUACAGGUCAGACUUCACGUCGCUGCCGCAGCUCUACGAUGUCGUGUUUGACUGUAUCGGGGAUAGUGACCGUGGGGUGAAGGUGGUGAGGCCCGGCGGAAAGGUAAUUUGCAUCGCGGGGAACCCCUCGCCGCCUGCGGAGCGAUUUGUGGUAACCUCGAGUGGCGAGAAGCUUGCGAAGCUGACUCCGUUCUUCGAAAGUGGGAAGAUUCGAAUCGUGCUGGACCCCAAGGGCCCAUUCAAGUGGAAGGAUGUGGUUUCGGCGUUCGAGCACCUGGAGUCGGGCCGGGCAACUGGAAAGGUUGUUGUUGGACCUGUUGCUUGA